CCUCCCUCCCUCCCUCCAUCCUGGCUUCUCCUCCCCGGCGCCACCUGCGAUGCUGACGCUGCCGGAGCGGCGGAGGCGGAGGCGGCGACCGAGGACCUUGCAUGAAGAACAAGCUCUCCCGCAGACGCCCUGUAAAGGGGAACUGGACAUCCUGACCUCAGAGUGACUCUUCAGAGCUGCAGAACCAGGCUGAUUUUUUUUUAUGUGGAGGCUGGUCCCGUGCCCCGAUCGCCAUGAGUAGCACCCUCUCCCCCACGGACUACGACAGCCUGGAGAUCCAGCAGCAAUACAACGACAUCAACAACCGCUGGGAAGUGGCUGACGAAGACUGGGACAAUGAGAACAGUUCGGCCCGGCUUUUCGAGCGCUCCCGCAUCAAGGCAUUGGCAGAUUUUGAAUUUGGCCCCACGCCACCCCCGGAGCUCUCCCCGGCGGCCUUCGUCAACGCCGUGCAGUACGCCAACGUGUUGGAGGGCAGGUUCAAGCAGCUUCAAGAUGAGCGAGAGGCUGUGCAGAAGAAAACCUUCACCAAAUGGGUGAACUCUCACCUGGCCCGCGUCACCUGCCGUAUCAGCGACCUCUACAGCGAUUUGCGGGAUGGACGGAUGCUUCUCCGCCUCCUGGAAGUCCUCUCCGGAGAGCAACUGCCCAAACCCACCAAAGGCCGAAUGCGCAUCCACUGCCUGGAGAACGUCGACAAAGCCCUGCAGUUCUUGAAGGAGCAGCGAGUCCACUUGGAGAACAUGGGCUCCCACGACAUUGUGGACGGCAACCACCGCCUGACCCUGGGCCUCAUCUGGACCAUCAUCCUCCGCUUCCAGAUCCAGGAUAUUAGUGUGGAGACGGAGGAUAACAAGGAGAAGAAAUCAGCCAAGGAUGCUUUGUUACUCUGGUGCCAGAUGAAAACAGCAGGGUACCCAAAUGUGAAUGUACACAACUUCACCACCAGCUGGAGGGACGGCCUAGCCUUCAACGCAAUUGUCCACAAACACAGGCCAGACUUAAUAGACAUUGACACCUUGAAGAAAUGCAACGCACACUACAACCUCCAGAAUGCCUUCAACAUUGCCGAGAAGGAGCUGGGCCUCACCAAGCUCUUGGACCCAGAAGAUGUGAACGUCGACCAGCCAGAUGAGAAGUCCAUCAUUACCUACGUAGCCACCUACUACCACUAUUUCUCCAAGAUGAAAGCUUUAGCCGUGGAAGGAAAACGGAUUGGGAAGGUGCUGGAUUAUGCCAUCGAAGCAGACAAGCUGAUUGAGAAGUACGAGACGCUCGCCUCUGACCUGCUCCAGUGGAUUGAGCAAACCAUAUUGACCCUGAACGACCGGAAGCUGGCCAACUGCCUGAGUGGGGUCCAGAACCAGCUCCAGGCGUUCAACACCUACCGCACGGUGGAGAAACCCCCCAAGUUCACAGAGAAAGGGAAUCUUGAAGUUCUACUUUUCACCAUCCAGAGUAAGAUGCGAGCCAAUAACCAGAAGGUUUACACACCAAGAGAGGGAAGGCUGAUCUCGGACAUCAACAAGGGCUGGGAGCGGCUGGAGAAAGCAGAGCAUGAGCGAGAGCUAGCCCUUCGCAACGAGUUGAUUCGUCAAGAGAAGUUGGAGCAGCUGGCAGCCCGAUUUGACCGAAAAGCAGCCAUGCGCGAGACUUGGUUGAGCGAGAACCAGCGCCUCGUUUCCCAGGAUAACUUUGGGUUAGAUAUUUCGGCGGUGGAGGCAGCAGUACGGAAGCACGAAGCCAUCGAAACAGACAUUGUGGCCUACAGUGAGCGCGUGGCAGCCGUGAAUGCGGUGGCAGACGAGCUGGAGAUGGAGGGCUACCAUGACAUCAAGCGGGUGCUGGCACGCAAGAACAAUGUGGCGAGGCUGUGGGAUUACCUGCGGGAGUUGGUGGCUGCCCGCCGCGAGCGCCUGAUGCUCCAUUUUGAGCUGCAGAAGAUGUUCCAGGACUUGGCCUACCUCAUGGAUUGGCUGGAGGAGAUGAAGGGCCGGCUGCAGUCUCAGGACUUUGGGAAACAUUUGCACGGCGUGGAGGACCUGCUUCAGAUCCACGCUCUGGUGGAGGCCGACAUCACUGUCCAAGCCGAACGGGUCAAAGCCGUCAGUGCCGCUGCUCAGCACUUUGCAGUUUCCGGAGAAGGAUACAAGCCCUGCGACCCACACCUCGUCCAGGAGCGCCUGGCCACCCUAGACCGCUGCUAUAGAGAGCUGGUGGACCUGGCAGCUCAGCGGAGGGCCAAACUGGAGGAGUCUCGCCGCCUCUGGAAGUUCUUCUGGGACAUGGGGGAGGAGGAGGCCUGGAUCCGGGAGCAGAGCCAAAUCCUCUCGUCGGACGACUUCGGCAAAGACUUGACCAGCUCGCGCAGACUCACCAGCAAGCACAACGCCUUCCACGACGAGAUGAGCGGCCGCGCCGGGCCGCUGCAGCAGAGCAUCGCCGAAGGCCGGCAGCUAGUUGCCGAGGGCCACUUUGGAGCUGUCGAAGUGGCCGAACGGAUCCGGGAAAUCGAGGAGCAAUGGGAGCAGCUGGAAGCGCUGUCGAGCCAACGGGAGCAACGUCUCCUCCAGGCUUCCAACUUCUACCAGUUCCAGGCCGACGCAAACGACAUGGAGGCCUGGCUGCUGGACGCCCUCCGGUUAGUGUCCAGCUCUGACGUGGGCCAUGACGAAUAUUCCACGCAGAGUUUGGCGAAGAAGCACAAGGAGGUGGAAGAGGAGAUUCACAACCACCGUCCUGCCCUGGAUGCCUUGCACGAACAAGCCCAGAGCUUGCCCCCUGCAUUUGCCCACUCCCCCGAGGUGGAUGGCCGCCUUCCCGCUUUGGAGCAGCGCUAUGAGGAGCUGGUUACGCUGGCGGAGCACCGCAAGCAGGCACUGCAGGACGCCCUCAAUCUCUACAAGAUGUUCAGCGAAGCAGACGCUUGCGGGCUCUGGAUCGGUGAGCGGGAGUACUGGAUCGAAACCAUGGAUGUCCCAGAGAAGCUAGAAGACCUCGAAGUGGUUCAACAAAGGUUUGAGACACUGGAGCCAGAGAUGAAUAACUUGGCCUCUCGCAUUGCAGCCGUGAAUGAGAUUGCAACCCAGCUUUUGGGCACCGACCACAGGAACAAGAACAGCAUCCAGGAUACUCAAGAAAAGCUCAAUACCAGGUGGCAGCAGUUCCAAGCCUUGGCCAGCCGGAAGAAGGAGGCCUUGACGUCCGCCCUCAGCAUCCAGAACUACUACCUGGAGUGCAACGAGACCAAGGCUUGGAUGCGGGAGAAAACGAAGGUGAUUGAGUCAACCCAAGGCUUGGGCAACGAUUUGGCUGGCGUGAUGGCACUGCAGCGGAAGCUGGCCGGCAUGGAGCGGGACCUGGAGGCCAUCCAAGGCAAAGUGCGGGACCUGCGGGAGGAAGCCGCCCGGUUGGCGGAACAUCACCCGGAGCAGUCGGCUGCCAUCUUGGGGCGCUUGUCCGAAAUCGACGGGACCUGGGAGGAGCUGAGGGAGACCAUGCGGCACCGGGAGGAGUCUCUGGGGGAAGCCAGCAAACUCCAGGGCUUCCUGCGCGACCUAGACGACUUCCAGGCCUGGCUCUUGCGCACCCAGACCGCCAUCGCCUCGGAGGAUGUGCCGGCCACUCUGGCGGAGGCGGAGCGCCUCUUGAGCCAGCACGAAACCAUCCGCAACGAAGUGGAGCACUACAAGGCCGACUACCGGCGCCUGCGGGCCAUGGGGGAGGAGGUGACGCAAGGCCACACAGACGCCCAGCACAUGUUCCUGCAGCAGCGCCUCCAGGCUCUGGACACCGGCUGGAACGAGCUGGGCCAAAUGUGGGAGAACCGGCACCAGCUGCUGUCACAGGCUUACAGCUUCCAGAUCUUCCUGAGGGACACCAAGCAGGUGGAAGGGGUUCUCAGCAACCAGGAAUACGUCCUGACGCACACGAGCAUGCCUAACUCCCUCCAAGCUGCCGAGGCUGCCAUUAAGAAGCACGAGGAUUUCAUGUCUACCAUGGAGGCCAACGGGGAGAAGAUCAAAGGGCUGGUGGACUCGGGCCGGAAGCUGAUUAUGGAGGACAGCCUCCACACCGAAAAGAUCCAGGAGAAGGUCAAUUCCAUCGACAGUCGACACCGGAAAAACCAAGACGCGGCCCAAGACCUCCUGGCCCGGCUCCGUGACAAUCGGGAGCUCCAGCACUUUCUGCAAGACUGCCAAGAGCUCACCCUAUGGAUCAAUGAGAAGAUGCUUUCUGCCCAAGACAUGUCCUAUGAUGAAGCGCGCAACCUUCACACCAAAUGGCAGAAGCACCAGGCCUUCAUGGCAGAGUUGGCCUCCAACAAGGGCUGGCUGGAGAAGAUUCAGAAGGAAGGGGAGCAACUGGUGGCCGAAAAGCCAGAGCUGGAACCGGUGGUGCAAGAGAAGCUCACAGGGCUGCAAAAGCUUUGGGAGGAGCUGGAAUCCAGCACCCAGAGCAAGGCGCGGUGCCUUUUUGACGCCAACCGAGCCGAGCUCUUCACCCAGAGCUGUUCUGCAAUGGACGCCUGGCUGAGCGGCCUGCAGACCCAGCUGCACUCCGACGACUAUGGCAAGGACUUGACCAGCGUCAACAUUUUGCUCAAGAAGCAGCAGAUGUUGGAGAACCAGAUGGACGUCCGGGAGAAGGAGGUGGAGGGCCUGAAAGCUCAGGCCUUGGCCCUCAGCCAGGAGGACUCCAACACGGUGGAGGUGGACGGCAAGCUGCGCACGGUGGAGGAGCGGUUUGUGGAGCUCCGGGCCCCUUUGCGGGAGCGCUGCGAGAAGCUGCUGGCCUCGAAGGAGGAGCACCAGUUCAACCGCGACUUGGAGGAUGAAAUUUUGUGGGUGAAGGAGCGGAUGCCCAUGGCGGUCUCCACCGAUCAUGGCAAAGAUCUUCCCACCGUCCAGCUCCUGAUCAAGAAAAACCAGACCCUCCAGAAGGAGAUCCAGGGCCACCAGCCACGCAUCAACGACAUCCUCGGGAGGUGGCAGGGCCUGGCGUGUAGCGGCCUGGAGGCGGAGCUGCAGGGCCGCGUGGAGGCCUUGCAGGAAAUGUGGCAGGAGCUGCAGAACGAGGUGGAGCAGCGGCACGGGCGGCUGGAACAAGCCCAGAUGGCCCAGCAGUUCUACUUCGAUGCUGCCGAGGCCGAGGCCUGGAUGGGGGAGCAGGAGUUGCACAUGAUCUCAGAGGAGAAGGCAAAGGAUGAACUCAUUGCCCAGGCCAUGGUGAAGAACCACCUAGUGAUGGAGCAGGCCCUGGAGGACUACGCACAGACCAUCCAUCAGCUCUCCCUCCAAAGCCGUGACAUGGUCAACAAUGGGCACCCUGAAAGUGAACGGAUCAAUCUCCGUCAAGGCCAAGUGGACAAGCUCUAUGCCAGCCUGAAAGACCUAGCUGAGGAGCGCCGCGCCAAGCUACAAGAGCAGCUCCGGCUCUGCCAACUCAAGCGGGAGGUGGACGACUUGGAGCAGUGGAUCUCGGAGCGGGAAGUGGUGGCCGCCUCCCACGAACUUGGACAGGACUAUGAACACGUCACAAUGCUACGGGACAAGUUCCGGGAGUUCUCGCGGGAUACCAGCACCAUUGGUCAGGAGCGAGUGGACACUGUGAACCAGCUAGCGGACAACAUGAUCUCUGCCGGCCACUCAGAUAAUGCCACUAUCGCCGAGUGGAAGGACAGCCUGAACGAGGCCUGGGCCGACCUGUUGGAGCUCAUUGACACCCGGAGCCAGAUGCUGGCCGCCUCUUACGAGCUGCACCGCUUUUACCAUGAUGCCCGGGAGACCCUCAGCCAGGUCCAGAACAAGCAGAAGCAGCUUCCCGACGAAGUGGGGCGGGACCUGAACACGGCCGAGGCCAUGCAGCGGAUGCACAGCGCUUACGAGCAUGACAUCCAGGCCCUGAGCACCCAGGUGAAGCAAGUCCAGGAUGAUGCUGCCCGGCUGCAGAAGGCCUAUGCUGGCGAGAAGGCAGACGACAUCCGGAGGCACGAGCAGUCCGUGAGCGAGGCGUGGUCUGACCUGCUCAGCAGUAGCAGUGGCCGCCGGCACCUUCUUAUGGACACCGUCGACAAGUUCCGCUUCUUCCGCAUGGUGCGCGACCUCCUCCUUUGGAUGGACGACGUCAACCUCCAGAUAGACGCUCAGGAGAAGCCCAGGGAUGUGUCGGCUGCUGAUUUGGUCAUUAAGAAUCACCAGGGCAUCAAGGCUGAAGUCGAGGCGCGGGCCGACAGCUUCAACGACUGCAUUGCCAUGGGCAACGAGUUGCUAGCGAAGGGACACUACGCCUCGGACAAGAUUGCAGAGAAAUUGACCCAGCUGCAAGACCGACGGAAGGAGAUCAACAACAAAUGGCGGGAAAAAAUGGACUGGCUACAAAUAGUCAUGGAGGUUCUGAUGUUUGGGCGUGAUGCCAGCAUGGCCGAGGCUUGGCUAGCCAGCCAGGAGCCCAUUGUGCGCUCUGCCGAGCUGGGCGGCAACGUGGACGAAGUGGAGAACCUCAUCAAACGCCAUGAAGGCUUCCAGAAAUCAGCAGCUGCCUGGGAGGAGCGCUUUAUGGCCCUGGAGAAGCUCACAACGAUGGAAGAGAACGAACGUCGGCGGCGAGAGCAAGAAGAGGCAAGGAAAAGGAGGCCUCCGACGCCGCCACCUGCGGCCGCGACAACCCAGGCGCAACAGCAGGGUCCCGACAAGCGGAGUCCUGGGCAACGAGGGACAUCUGUAGAGAUGCCGUCCCUGAAUGGGAUUGAUGUGGACUCUGAAGCUACCCAGAUUUCGGAGUCGUCUGCGACAGUGAAUGGGUCGCGGCUGGAUUCGGUGUCCAAGGAGCCCAGCCCGACCCCCUCGCCAAAGCCCCGCUCCAAGGCGCCCGAUCCCACCCAGUCAGCCACACUGCCACCACGGACGCCGGACCCUUCGGCCAUCGAGCAGAUGGAAGGUGUGCUCUGCCGGAAGCAGGAGAUGGAGUCUCACGGGAAAAAGGCAGCUAACAGGUCCUGGCAGAACAUCUAUUGUAUCGUACGGAAGGGUAACUUGGCCUUUUACAAGGACAGCAAGAACGCCAGCAACGGCAUCCCGUACCACGGCGAAGCCCCCGUUGGCUUGCAAGGGGCGCAGUGCAGCGUGGCCUUGGACUACAAGAAGCGCAAACACGUCUUCAAGCUCGGGUUAACAGAUGGCAAAGAAUACCUAUUCCAGGCCAAGGAUGAGGCCGAGAUGAGUAGCUGGAUGCGGGUCGUCAACGCCACAGCCGCCUCUGCCACCCCGCAAAGCCAGGGCCAAGCCGAGGAUCCGGUGAUCAGCAAAGGCAUGAGCCGGGCCCUGAGCAUGCCCCCAGUCACCUCCAACAGCGGCCCCGAAGGGACCGUCACCCUGCGGAACAAAGAGACCAAGGAGAAGGACCGCGAGAAACGCUUCAGCUUUUUCAAGAAGAACAAAUAGCGGGGAGGCUGCCCCACGUACGGGUGGGGGUGGGGGGUGGGAUGCGGGGACGGUGGAAGAGCUGCGGUGCUAAACCCAAAGCGGACUUCCCAGUGGGACACGACACACGGGCGGGCAGACGGACGGACGGACGGCAGCCACAUCCUCCUCCACCCUCCUUCCUCUUUGUGAUCCCGCCGGUUGCAUGACGAAGCCCCUCCGAGACUUUGCAAGGAAUGCCCGUCCUCUCUGCCUUCCUGUCUCCUUCCCUCCCGCUCUUUAAAAGAAAAAGAAAAGAAAAACACAAACCACCA